AUGCCACAGGAAACAGAAGGUUCAAUUGUAAAUGAUUAUCAACAAAAUAACGUCACAUAUCUUUGUAUGAACGUCGUUGGAAAUAAAUUUGGAUUUUCUAUCAUACAAGUGUGUUCAAAUAAUGUUGUUGCUUUAAAACAAGAUAUUAAUUUUAAUGCUGCUUUUUUAAAAGAAAAUGUUAUUAAUUAUUUGAAUAAUCUAAUAUUGAAUUAUAGACCCAGUAUUCUUUUACUUUCUACCAAAAUAAGGCAGGAUAUUUAUGAUGAAAUUGAACGGCUUUUGCAACAACAAAAAGGCAAAUUAAAUGAAUUAAAAGUUAGGUUUUUAUCCUGGAGUAAAUUCGAUAAAAAAUUUUUGGAACAAGAAUUGAAAGAUAGUAAUAAUAGUUUUGCUUGUAUGGAUGAAAAUAAGAAUUGUAAACUCUUAAAUAAAAUGAUGCUAGUGUUUAAUUCUGGUUGGGAUAUUACAUGCGGAACAUUGAGUUGUGUGCUACAAACAAUUAUAAAUGAUGAAAAGUUGGUAGAUCAAGGGCAACAAAAAUUAGAGAUUAACAAUUUAACAUUUAAUCUUAUGCAAUUUAGUGACAGUUUUGUAUUGGAUGAUGAUACAAUCAAUUCACUACAAGUCUUACCUUCAUUAUACAAAACUAAGGUUUAUAAUUCAAAUAAGAGGGGAUGUUUGUCAUUAUACGAAUUAUUUGAAAAAUCAGUUAAAUCGGAAUUGGGCAAACAAGUUUUGAAAUCAUGGUUAACCACGCCUUUAAAAACUAAGGACUUAAUUGUCAAAAGAUUACAAAUUGUUAAAAUAUUAGUAGCGACUGAAAAUACGUCGGUUUUAGAUCAAUUGUCUUGGUCAUUAAAAAAAAUACCAGACAUCUACCGACUGUUAUCAAGCGUGUCUUCCAGAAUAUGUAAUAAACCUCAUGUCUGGAUUGCAUUGGUUAAAUUUUGCGAAACUAUGAUAGAAAUUAAAAAAAUCAUCAAUUUAUUAGAUUCUGCUUACAGACAAGGGGUAUUAAAAGAUUUACAUUUGGCUAUUGAAGAGCAUAAAUUUAAAAAAAUAAUGUCAAAAAUCAAUAAAGUUUUUAACUUGGAGAACUCCUUGAAGGAAAAAGAAUUGAUUAUUAAUACUGGUGUGAACAAAGAAUUGGAUAAACAUAUCAACUUUUACAAUAAUUUAGAAGUUUUUCUAGAAGACAUUGCGGUUCAUAUCAGAACUGGUAUUAUUAACGAUAUAAAUUGCGCAGCUAAAUUGGACCCAACUGUUCAAAACAAUAUUAAAAAUUUAAUAAAUGUUGCUUAUAUUCCUCAAAUCGGAUACCUUAUUUCCAUCGAUAUUGAAGCUAAAGAGCUUCUUGAAAUUGUCCAAGAUUGGGUGUUUAUAUUUGAGACACCAACUGCAUUAUAUUACAAAAAUAACGAUAUUAUGAAAGUGGAUAAAGAAUAUGGUGAUAUAUGUGGUAUUAUAUCUGAUUACCAAAUUGAAAUUUUCCAUGACGUUCAAACGGAAAUAAUUCAGUACAAACUGUUUUUGAGAAAGUGUUACGAAUUGAGUGCCGAGCUUGAAGUUUUGAAAAGCUUUGCUGAAACAUCUAUCGAAAAUAAUUUUAAGGAACCCGAAUUAUCGAGCAAAGAGAAUAAAUUAAUUAUUGUUCAAGGCAGACAUCCAAUUUUUGAAAAUUUGGUGGAUUCCUAUAUCCCUAAUGAUAUAUCCUUAAUAGGUUCAAGAUUUGAUGAUGAAAGUUGGAACACCAUGUUUUGCAGAAUAGCUUUGAUCACAGGAGCUAAUAUGUCUGGUAAAACUGUUUUUAUAACAAGUUGUGGCAUAAUCGUUCUUUUAUCUCAUAUUGGUUGUUUUGUGCCGGCAAUCUCAGCAAAAAUUGGCAUAGUAGACAAUAUUUUAACAAGAAUAAAAACUAGCGAGGGAAUAAAUCAUACACAGAGCACAUUUUACUCAGAUUGCCAACAAAUGUCCAAGUGUUUAGCGUUAUCCACUGAAAGAAGUUUGGUAUUAAUCGACGAAUUCGGGAAAGGAACAUCACCCAUUGAUGGCCCAGCAUUAUUUGCUGCAAUUAUUAGACAAAUGUCAGAAUAUAAACAUUGUCCUAGGAUGUUGGUCUGCACUCAUUAUCAUGAACUAUAUAAAAAAAAAAUAUUUUCUCCUCAAUUAAAAGGCACUAUCCAUUUGACAACCACAAUUUUUGUCAAAAAGCAUAAAGAUGGAAAUGAAGAUAAUAGUACAGAAGUUAUAACUUUUUUGUACAAGGUAAAAGAGGGGAUCUCAAACGAUUCAUUUGGUUUGUUCUGUGCAAGUCUUUCAGGUAUUCAACCGGCAAUAUUAAAUAGGGCACAUGCUAUAGUGGAUGCCAUGAACCAAGGCCGUAACAUUUCAGAAAUAUCAAAUACAGUACCUUUACAAGAGUUAACUUUGUUUAAAAAAAAUCAAAAAAUAGUGGAAGAGUUUUUGUCAUGGGAUAUACAAUUAGAAGAUGAUAAUGACAUAGCAAUAAAAGAAAAGCUUAAAUUUUUUUUGCAAAAAGAUAUAUCAUAA